AUCAAAGUGACGUAAAAUUUCGAUGUGUAAAUACUAAAUAGUAAACAUAAGAACAUAACCCUUUAGUAGAUCGCCCUUGUAGUGACUUUGCUUCUGAAUUUAAAUAUAGCUUAUUUUUAAAUAACCCAUUGCACAUAAUGGGGAUUAAGAAAAAAAUGAUGACUAGGCAGAGCAGUAUCAUAGAUGAUAGCAUCUACUUGGAUCAGUUUUUAAAAGUAGCAAAUUAUGAGGAUACUGUACGUCAGCUGGAUAUUUAUUAUGGAAUAGUAAAAAGACAGCUAUUACACUACCAAAGUCCUAUUACUGGAUUAUUUCCCGUGUUAUCAUCUGAUACAGAAAUAGGAAGCGUUCGUGAAAGUGUUUAUUGUGCAGCUGCAGUAUGGGGACUAUACCAAUCUUACAGGAGGAUAGAUGAUGACAGAGGCAAGUCUUAUGAAUUAGGCCAGUCGGCAGUGAAGUGCAUGAGAGGUAUUUUAGAAUGCUGGAUUAAACAGGCUAAACGAAUUGAACUUUUCAAAAAAAAUCAAUGCAGUGCCCAUGCCUUACAUGUGAAAUUUCAUUUAACAACAGGCAGCGAGGUUUAUACAGACGAUGAAUAUAAUCAUUUGCAAAUUGAUGUUGUGUCUAUCUAUUUAUUAUUUCUUGUGCAAAUGAUCACUUCUGGUUUGCAGAUUAUUUACACACAGGACGAGGUAGCGUUUGUUCAAAACUUGGUUUACUACGUGGAAAGAGCCUAUCGUACACCCGAUUAUGGUAUGUGGGAAAGGGGUAGCAAAUACAACGACGGAACUCCAGAAAUUCAUGCCAGUUCAAUAGGCCUUGCGAAAGCAGCACUGGAGGCAAUAAACGGUUGCAAUUUAUUUGGUGAAAAAGGAGCUUCUUGGAGCGUUGUCUAUGUUGAUAUCGAUGCUCAUAACAGAAAUAGAAGUAUUUUCGAAACUUUGUUACCGAGAGAGUCCUCAUCUAAAGAUGUGGAUUCAUCGCUUCUGUCGACUAUAUCUUUUCCUUCAUUUUCUACACAUGAAGACGUCUUGUAUCAAGAAACUAAGAACAGUAUCAUAAAAUCGUUAAAGGGAAGUUAUGGGUUUAAACGAUACAUAAGAGAUGGUUAUAAAACGGUCAUUGAAAAUUCUAGUAAACGUUAUUACGAAAAAGGAGAAAUAAAGCACUUUGAAAAUAUAGAAUGUGAAUGGCCCUUGUUCUACAUAUACUUGAUUAUAGACGGUGUUUUCAAGUCACUUCCUGAUCAAAUUCAAGAGUACCAAGAUCUGCUAAAGGAAAGAAUUUUGUUAGAUCACAAUGGAGAUCCUGUAAUUCCCAUGUAUUACUACGUUAGUAAAGAAGACGUUGAAAGAGAAAAACUGGAGCCCGGUAUAGCCCACAAAAAGGCACAUACGGAAGGUGGGCUGUUUCUCUGGAACCAGGCAUUGUUUGUGUUAGCCCAGUUAUUGACUGCCGGUCUGUUACACAUAAAUGAACUGGAUCUUAUCCGUAGAUAUUUACCUUCGUAUAAUAGACCACGAAAAGGAGGGAGGUACUCGGCUUUCCAGGCAAAGCGCUGUUUUGGAACAGCGACAGACCUAGUGGUCCAAAUUGUGCUAAUAGCAGAAUCCAUGCGUUUGCAAGCUAUGAUGGCCACCUACGGCAUCCAAACUCAAACCCCUCACGAAGUGGAACCUGUCCAGAUCUGGUCCUCCACGCAACUCGUAAAAGUCUACGGAAACUUGGGAGUCAAUCACAAGUUACAGCUGCAGGGACGACCCCUCAGGCCCGUUGGUAGCUUAGGAACCAGCAAAGUGUAUAGAGUUGCGGGGGCGACGGUGCUCUGCUACCCGCUUAUCUUCGAGGUUUCUGAUUUUUAUUUGUACCGCGACAUGGCGCUAUUAAUAGACGAUAUUAAAACAGAGUUGCAGUUUGUUGGGCGGUACUGGAGGCUGUCCGGGAGGCCCACCGUGUGUUUGUUGAUAAGAGAGGAGCAUAUGAGGGAUCCGCAGUUCAAGGAAAUGCUGGAUUUGCUUGCUAUGUUGAAGAAGGGGUACUGCGACACCGUUAAGGUCCGGAUCGGGAGGUUGCAGAACCUUAUAUCCAGCUCUUGUGUGGAACAUUUGGAUUUCAUGGAUGCUCUGGACUAUCCAACUGAUGACUUUAACCAAUUUAUGCAACUGGAACAUGACUACAUAGGAUAUCAGAGCUUGACCGACAUUCCUAGGGUCCUUAACUAUCAAGACGAACUAAAAGAUUAUUCGCACUUUAAAAAUAAAUCAACGAAUGAAAUAAUCGAAGCUAUUAAAAACAUAGAAAGCAUAUACGCCCGUUGUCAGCUGUUUGGUAUUUUACUGAACAGAGAAGGAAGUGAUUUUAUGAUGCAGGACCUUACGGUAGAAGAUCACCUUCAGAGUUUGUAUCACAAGGCGGGCGGUUUACGCCACUGGGCAGCUGUAAGAUAUAUCAGCAGCUUAUUACACCACACUGUCGAUUCCAUCAGUCCGUUUAUAACGGCCGUUCUUGUUCAUGGCAAACAGUUGACGGUGGGAGUGAUUGGGCAAAAGGAGACGGUUUUCGACAAGCCCAUGACUCCAGCGGAGAUCCAAGCGGUGGUCUACAACACCAUUCAGCCCUAUGACGUUAUUCAAGCUGUCUUACAGCAAGAAGUCAUUUUGUACUGCGGACGAUUGAUUGGUACCAACCCAGAGUUGUUCCAUGGUAUCUUAAAAUUUAGAGUGGGAUGGGUCUUAGAAGCCAUCAAGUACUAUUUGCAGAUAUUCGGGGAUAAGAAGAAAAUAGAGGACCACAGCCCUUACGAGGUCAGGCAGCUUUUGUUCAAGGUGCUGUCUAUCAAGGAGUGGGGCGCCAAAGAACAGCUCACUCCUAGGCAGAAGAGACAGUUGGAGGGAUGUCUGUGUAGGGUGCCUUCCUCAUUCUACAGUCAUGUGUGGGACGUAAUGAUGAGAACCCCGCAAGGUAUCAAGGUUUCAGGAAACGUGAUCCCUCAACAACCUACUCUUUCUAAUAUGACACGAUCUGAAAUAACUUUUUCACUUCUAGUCGAAGAGAUGCUGAAUCACAUUCAACAGCCGGAGUACCGGCAGCUCAUUGUUGAAUUAUUAACCAUUGUGUUUACAAUUCUCGGCAGAAAUCCCGAGUUAACGUUCAAUCAGCCUUUAGAUUUGGAACAACUCAUUAACGACGCUGCGCAUAUGUACGCCAAGGAUCAUGGUUUGAAGGAAGAAAAAGUAUCGAACCUUCUAGAAAGCCCUUACGUUCGAUCUACAGGUUACCUAGCAAGAGCAGUUGUCAAUACUGUCCUUAAAGGAGGUCAGAUUUCUAAGGAUUUAGAGGGUGAAGAUUGCAAGAUUUCGUAAAAUUGUAGUAGAAAUUACAAAAGUGCCAUAUUUAUUUGUUUGUGUUUUAAGAAACUGAAAUAAUGUGUAAAAUAUAUUAUUCUCAAUAUUGUAAGUUCAAUUAAAUAUUAAGAUAAUAAAAUUUGUUGAAAAUUAA